UUUAGAAGAUUUUCUCUCCCAGUAACACCCAUUUCAAUCCACUUCAAUCACUCAAGCCAGUAAAUUUCGCGAUCUCCUUGCUAAUCCCCACCACCGCGGCCGCCUCUCACGUCCGGCCGGUGGAGGUACAUGAAGCUAUGACUUUCUUGUUUAUUUCCAUGUGAAGCGACUUUCUUUAUUCCUUGUUCUCUGCAAUGGACCUUCCUGUUCGGCGAUCGAGCUACACCCUCCUCAACCAGUUCCCUGAUGAGCCACCACCACCCCAACUAGAGGUCCAGACAACCGAGAAGAACCGCGGGAAAGUUCCCUUCGACUGGCCACUCAGUUCCGACGCCAGUGAAGCCGCCGAGCUCCGCGGUGGGGUGCGGAUCGGCCCUCUCUUUCCCUCGAUUGGCCUCCAGAGACAGUCCAGUGGAAGUAGUUUCGGGGGGAGCUCGUUCUCUGGAGAUUACUAUCUCCCGACGACGCUUUCGUCCAUGUCAGCUACCAUAGGCGCAGAUGGGUUCAAUCCAAUAGCAGCCGUCGGUGGCGGGGAGGUCAGGGUGAAGGAGGGGGGCGAAGCAGUCGUCUUGUCUUCGUCUUCGAAGAGCUGGGCACAGCAGGCUGAGGAGGCCUACCAGCUCCAGCUUGCCCUGGCUCUUCGACUAUGCUCGGAGGCCAGCUGCGCCAAUGAUCCCAACUACUUAGAUCCUGGGGAUCAUAUGCUUUUGGCUGAGCGGGCUUCCCCCGAAACCACGUCUCAUAGGUUUUGGGUUAAUGGUUCCUUAUCAUACAAUGAUAAAGUUCCAGAUGGCUUCUACAUGAUUCAGGGAAUGGAUCCUUUUGUCUGGACUCUGUGCACUGAUGUGCAAGAAGAAAGUCGGAUUCCAACAGUUGAAUCUCUAAAGAUUAUUCAGCCAAGUGAAUCAUUAAUUACUGUAAUUCUUGUAGAUAGAUGCAAUGAUCCUGAAUUGAAGCAAUUACUUAAUCUGGCAACUGGAAUUUCUUCCCGCUUUCCCACUACCAAGGAGAUUGUGGAACAUAUUGCCAAGCUCGUCUGCACUCAGAUGGGGGGUGCAGCUAUGGAUGAAGAACAUGGUCUGCUCCCUAGAUGGAAAGUGGGCAGUAAGGCUCUCAAGGACUCUUCACGUUCUGUUGUUAUCUCAGCGGGGAAGCUAUCUAUUGGACUUUGCAGGCAUCGUGCCUUACUAUUUAAAAUUUUAGCUGAUGCAGUCCAUUUGCCAUGCCGAAUUGCAAAGGGAUGCAAAUUUUGUAAACGCGAGGAUUCUUCAUCUUGUCUAGUGCACUUCGGCCUUGAAAGGGAAUACUUAGUUGAUUUGAUUGGAACUCCUGGUUUCUUAUGUGAGCCAAGUUCCUUAAUAAAUGGUCCAUACUCGGUCACAAUUUUAUCACCUUUGCGUCCUCCAAAUUUAAAGUCAGGUGAUGUAGCUGAGAAUUUCAAAUCUUUGGCCAAGCAGUAUUUUGUGGAUUGCCGGUCUUUGAAUCUGAUGUUUACUGAUGCUUCAAAAGAGAACGUUACUUCUCAUGAAGAUAAUAUAGAUAAUGUAUUGUUGAAGCAUUAUAAUGGGAACUAUGCGGAGGCAACUUCUCCUGCUGCAAUGAGCGACCCAGAACUUUUUGAGGUCCCACAGCGUUAUGUAGAAAUGGUUGCACCUCCGGAUGGCCGACAUCGGGCUUCUCAAUUGCAAAUAUGGAAUAAUCAUAUGAUUUCUGACCAAGCGGCCACAGAAGCAAGUCAACUAAAACUUAAUCCACGAGAUGAGCAAAAGGAUGCCUUACCAAAUUUAGCCUAUGAUGUAAAGGCUAACAUAACUAAUGAUUUGACUAUUCCAUGGAGCGAUCUGGUCCUAAAAGAAAGAAUUGGAGCAGGUUCUUUUGGGACUGUUCAUCAUGCUGAAUGGCAUGGCUCGGAAGUAGCUGUCAAGAUUCUCAUGGAACAAGACUUCCAUCCUGAGAGGUUUAAAGAAUUUCUAAGAGAGGUUUCCAUAAUGAAAAGCUUGAGGCAUCCAAAUAUAGUUCUUUUCAUGGGUGCAGUUACUCAACCACCUCAUUUAUCCAUUGUUACUGAGUAUUUAUCUAGAGGGAGCUUAUAUAGCUUUUUACAUAAGACAGGUGUGGGAGAAACAUUAGAUGAAAGACGUCGAUUAAAUAUGGCUUUGGAUGUGGCAAAGGGUAUGAACUAUCUUCAUAAACGCAAUCCACCAAUUGUCCAUCGGGAUUUGAAGUCACCAAAUCUUUUGGUUGACAAGAAGUACACGGUGAAAGUUUGUGAUUUUGGCCUUUCAAGGUUGAAGGCUAGCACAUACCUUUCUUCAAAAUCUUUGGCUGGGACUCCUGAGUGGAUGGCGCCUGAAGUUCUUCGUGAUGAACCAUCAAAUGAGAAGUCUGAUGUGUACAGCUUUGGUGUGAUCUUAUGGGAACUUAUGACCUUGCAACAACCAUGGAGUAAUUUAAAUCCUGCCAAGGUGGUUUAUGCUGUCGGGUUUAAGGGUAGAAGGCUUGAUAUUCCUAGUGAUAUGAACCCAGUUAUUGCUUCAAUUAUCGAGUCUUGUUGGGCCAGUGAGCCCUGGAAAAGACCUUCAUUCUCCAGUAUAAUGGUAUCACUAAAACAACUGUUGAACUCUAGGCCAUCCCAAGCAUUACAGACUGAUCAACUGUUGUGAAUCACUUGAAUGAUAUUAUUUUAGCUUCAUUCCAUUUACGGUCGGGAGCUUUUAAAAAAAAUAAAUAAGUUAUGAUCCUGUCUGAUGUUCAUCACUGAAGAAAAUUACCAAGCAGAAUUUGAAGCUGCCAGAAGCGAUGGAAUUGGUAUUUUUCUUUCCUGACUUUCAUUUCAUCUCCUUCAAGUAAAAUGUGUUAUAUAUGUUACACAUCUUUGUAUAUUAUAUCCUUGUAAUUAAAACAAUGCAAUCGUAGAGGUUGAGGUAAUGAAAAUUGUUCAAUAAUCUACUUAUUUCCCUAAUCAACCAUGGCAAUGAAAAUUGUUCAAUUGUUUU